CGAACUUCAACGACCCGGUAACAACUUUUACGCUCUUUUUCAACGUCGCCAUUUACCAUCUAUUAUUUCGAUGGCACAAAUAUUUUCUUCAAAACGCCUAUACGACUUUGCACUAUUCACUAGCACGACCCUACUCAUUUGUAUCUUACUUCUCUGGUUACUUUUUGAUCCCAGUCCAUUUUGGUUCCUCGUAGUACCUGUGACUUUCUUCCUCGCUUUGCGCUCCGACUGGAAGGAGAAAGAAAGGGACAGAAAGGAUGAAAAGCGUCGACUCAAAGACAUUAGCUCGCAAUUUGUCGAACUCGAUGCAUAUGUUAAGCGUCAACGUGUCCUCUUGCAGCCAUCCACCGGAGAAACGGUAUUGCAGAUGUGCUUCUCGACCGUCACUCAGUGCGUGAAUUAUUUAGUAGUGUAGUCAUAGAAGGAUUGGCUGAAAAACCAUAUAUCAAGGCAAUUUCUCGCGGCGAAGCAGAGAGCAAAAGCGCUAUACUGUGACGCGCAGGCCCAAGCCUCUUUAGACGAGCUCAUCAAUAUCAAAUUCUGUUUAUAUACGCAGGAUGCAAAGAUCUUCAGGACGAUGCAGGACUAUUGAUUGUUCAAGGCGGAACUCGGGGGAAUCGCGCCGGAGGAGCAACUGGAAGCUGCUCAGCGCUGGGUGACAGAGAUCAAUGGAUUGUCUCCUGCAGAUUCAGAUGACGUAUAUUUACGGUGAUCAACUCGGAGAUUUGGUCGAAGAUGCUGAGAAGAAGAUUCAGAAGAAGGA